UGCAGAGUGCGGAGUGUGCGUCUGUCUCGUGUGUGCUGUUUAGAGUGUAGUGUAAAAAUAACACCAGCAAACUGUUCGCUCCGACGGAAGAAGACAUGUUGACGAUGGAAACCGACCUCAAGGGAGGUAGUUUGCACGGUAACAUGCCGCCGCAUCAUUCGUUACAAAAUUACGGUUCGUUGAGCGCGUUAGGGCAAGCGCCGAUGCACGGAUUAUCGCAGCAUCCCCAUCAGAUCCACCACCAGCCGCAGGGGCCGCAAAUCCACCACCAGCAUCAGCACCAAAGCCAAAACCACCACCAGCAGCCGUCGCACCAGCAACAACAACAAACUAUUAACAAUAACAAUUCGUCGAAAUCGCAGAAUACCGAACGGGUGAAACGGCCGAUGAACGCGUUCAUGGUGUGGUCGCGCGGCCAGCGGAGGAAAAUGGCGCAAGAAAACCCCAAAAUGCACAAUUCGGAAAUAUCUAAAAGACUCGGUGCCGAAUGGAAGUUACUCAGUGAAUCGGAAAAACGGCCAUUCAUCGACGAAGCCAAACGGUUGCGAGCCGUCCACAUGAAGGAGCAUCCCGAUUACAAAUACCGACCCAGGCGCAAGACAAAAACCCUCCUGAAGAAAGACAAAUACCCCUUAGGCGCUUCGACGUUACUACCCACGUCUGACCCGUCGCGGACGGCGCCGAGCUCGGCCCAACAGGCCGCCGCCGCCGCCGCCCGCGAAAUGUACCAAAUGCCCAACGGCUACAUGCCCAACGGUUACAUGAUGCCCGAUCCGAGCGCCUACCAGCAACAGUACCCCGGCACGAAUUACCCGCGCUACGACAUGGGCCAGAUGCAGCACAACUACAUGAACGGCGGCUACGGCGGCUACGCGACGACGGUGCCGAACAGCGCCGGCAGCCCGUACGGCAUGCACCAGGCCGGCUCGUCGCACAGCCCGUCGGGUUCGAGCAUAAAAUCGGAGCCGGUCAGUCCGAGUUCGGGCAUGCACACGCCGACGCCGGGCGGCGGCGGCGGCGGCAUCAAGCGCGAAUACGCCGGCCAGCCGCAGCAGGGCGAUUUGCGACAGAUGAUCUCCAUGUACCUGCCGACGGACGCCGGGGUGCAGCAUAUGCAGCACCAGUACGGAGGAUCGCCGGAUCCGAUGGUCCAAGGGCCGUUGGCGCCGCUCACGCACAUGUGAGAACCGCUAUUCGUGGCGCAGGACAUUGACGUGCCACCGCUGUGAAAUUUGUGUGUACAUAUAGUAACUAUACAACAACAAAAAACGAUAUUUUUACUUUUUAUUAUCAUUUUAUUUUCUUCGAUUUCUUUUUCGACGAUGUCAAAAAAGAUUCUUCUUCUUCGGCGGCGGCCGUGCGUUGUUAUGAAAAUUUUGCGAAGGUACCUUGUAUACGUUUUACUUCAAUUUUUGUACUUCAUUUGCUAACUAAAGAGACGGAACUCUUCAAAUUACUCAAGGAAUUUUCAUUUUUUUCUUCUUACUUUUAAUACAUUAAUAGAUUAUACAAUUUUUCUAUAAAACUAUCGAAAAUUAGGAAGAAAAUUACAUUCCAAUUUACCUAUCACUGACUGUAUUCCAAUUCAAAAUUAUAGAGAAUAUCGAAUUAAUCAAUUACUUUUUGCAAGACUAUAUUCUAUCCAUCAAAAUUUACUUAAUUAUUCUACCAAACUGUCUCUUUUGUUGUAAAUGAAGUAUAAGCAUCAGAAAUAUCUGUUGAUUGCAUUUUUUAUUUCAAUCUAAAUUGUCAAUUUUAUAUAAGGAGUAAUUUACUGAUUCGAGUAAUUGGGUAAUUGACGAAUGCAGUUAAACAAGAUUUUUGAGGGGUUUUUAAUUAGAAUUUGUUGGACAAAUUUCUGAGUGUCUUUAGAGACUUUUUCUUUACAACUGAUUUACAAUUGAUUACAACAUUUUUGCUAUACGUUUAAGUUCAUCAUUAGAAAAAGUACUUAUACUUUUUCGCGAUCGUAGAUAAAAUAAUAUUAAAAGCCCCCUUGCUUUUUUAAACUAAUAUUUUCAAGAAAUUGAACACAAAAUUGGGGUAUCUAACAUUGAUUAUCUUCUUGUGCACGGCAAUACAAAAUGGAUGGUUAUUAAUCAGAAAAUAAUAAAACUUGUAGAAAAUCGAAUUGUUUUUUCUUAGUUACAAAACUAAUUGAAAUUAUACGAGGAUUAAUAUAAUAAAAACAGAGGUAUUUUCUGAUAUGAUAAUUAUCUUCAAUUCGCUCAUAUUUAAAUCUAUUUAUUCUCAAAAUAACCGAAAGGCAUUUUUUAAAUAUUACCUAGUUUAAAGCGAGAUGAAUUUCCAUAAUUUCCGAUGCAAACUUAAAUUUCUAUUAAUAAUUCAAUUAAAUUCUUCGUUGUUUUCGUCGGAAAUUUUGUUGGUUUCUUCUGUUUCUUUUUUGUUGUUUUGGUGUAAAUACAAAAUGAUUUUCGAUCGUUUCGAAUCGGUUUCGAGAAAACGCGUUUAAAGUCAAAAUCCUUGCGACUCUCGGGUAUUAGAAAUUUAUUAGAGAAAAUUUUGUUUUUUUUUUCAUAAAUAAAUAAGCCUAAAUAAUAAAUUCAGUUUUAAAUAUAAAUACGAUAAUUGUUUGUUUGGAAAAUAAUGAUUUUAAAUUAAUUAAUAUUUUAACUGGUGUGAGGAUGAAAGUAUGUUUUAAACUUUAGGUGUUCACUAAAUUAAAAAAAAAAUGGUUUUAAUGAGCAUUUUAAUUCAACGCUUUGCUCAUUUUUUAGUAUUUCAAAGGUUUUAGAGAAAAAUCAACGAAAUUAUUUAACAAUUCGAUAAAAAUAAAAUACAAACGUAUUAUUUAUUUUACGUUUGGCACAGGAAAAAAAUAUUUCAACUAUUUGCGAAGUUAAAUGAGUUUAUAUAUCUAGUAAAUAGUUUAUUGAACUUGUAUUAAAUUGCAAAAUAUUUUAUCCAUAAUUUGCAAUGCAGAUAAAUGUGGGUAAAUUUGUGUUGAAAUAUAUUUUUUUAAAUUUAUUUUGAAUGGGAAAUAGUUGGAAUUGGGGAAACCAAUAAAAAUAGAUGAACACAUAAAAUUUAAUUUAUUAUAAUUAACAAAAUAUAAAUCAUUAUUUUUCAAACCGGCCUUUUAUGUAUGUAUAUCUUUCAAUGAAUUACAAAUUUGGAUAAAUCAAUCGAACUGUGAUAUAUAAAAAUUUCUACUUUUCUUCGAAAUCGAUUCCACCGAACGAUAUUUUUCACUCUAUAUCAAAUUUAGGAAAAUCACUGCAUUCCUUUCAAAUCGUUACCUGAUACACAAAAAACAAAACGGUUGUACCAAAAUCACAAAAUCUCUGUAAAUAUGUAAAUAGAUAAUUAAAUAAUAAUAAAAAAAUGACUGUUAAUCUCGGUUUAAUUUUUUUUGUAACUUUUUUUUAUACGGAUAAACAUUUUACCCC